CAACAGUGUGCGUGAAAGAUAGAACAGUGAGCGGCGGCAGAAGUCGAAUCUGAGGGAGCAAUUGAUGGCUUCAGAUCGAAUCCCAAUUGCACCAUGCCAAAAGGCCGGAGGUUCCGGAAAGACAAGGCUCGAGAGGGCCGAGCGGGCAAAGGAAAAGGUUGACGAAGCGCCAUGACUCCGUAUGACCAGGGUACGACAAUCUUUUCUGUUCUGGUACCUCGCAAGGUCCAUGUUGACACAUUCUCUUCGGUCAUGGUCGUGCAUCAGACGCCUGCAGGACCCCUGGAACAUUAUUCGCUCUUUCAUGCAUGUCCAGCUCCCAGUUCAGACUCUGCAGAAUUUCCCUUCAGGCCAGACGGCAAGGACGGCCGUCUUAGACUAUGCUGAAAACUGCUCGGUAAGAACCAAAAUUGGACGACAACUCAUGGCAGCAUACAAUACGAUGAUUCGAUAGGGUCAUUCUCCAUGUUUUAGACCAUUGCCCCUCACAUCACCUCGAGUGAAAAGAUGCAUUGAUCGGCAUAUGUUGCAGCCGAUGCACUGCGUCGACCCAAAGUCCCAAAGUCGCAGCUCGCGAGAUCGAGUCAGCGAAGUCAAAGAGGACAUGAUUUUCAACCCCGCAGAUAUGGCACUUCCGAGAAGAUGGCAGCCGAGCGAUCAUGAUCCUCAGACCAACUGCCGCACUGGAAGCUGGAACCUGUGCAGACUUCCCAGACACUAAGGCGGAUCCUACAGCCCAAUGUCAUGUCUGCGUCUCAUUGGCCGAGAUCCCAGACUCUCUCAAGCUUCAUCUCGAGCUUGGGGGCUUCACUCGAAAGGGAGAGGGGCGUCGAUGAUGCGGACUUAAUCUGGCACCCACAAGCGGUUACUAACACCCCGGGAACCCUGUCGUCCGUCCUCGUCAAAGCCUGCAUUUCGAUUCCGCUUCCUAAGGCUUGCGGCCAGAAGUCUUCCCUCUCAUCCAAUGGUUUGUAUGCCCGGUCGUUCGGCUGAGCGGGUUAGGGGACUCCUCUCCACCGAGAGGAGAAACAUCAGUUGAUCUGCCCUUGGUCUGUGACGCGACUAUCAAACACAGACCGUAUAUUAUUUACCAACCAGGUUUCCCAGGACAAGUCCCUGUUUGUCCUUGUGCUUGUGUCUCGUUCUUGUCUCUUGCUGCCGGUCCCUACUCACCUGUACCUCACCUUGAACUCAAAGUCCCACUGAAUUGUUUCCUGUCUUGGUACCAAUACCUCACGUCUGCCUCGCGAUACAUUUCUCUCUUCUAAUACCAGCAAAAUGGCCGCUCCCAACCAUAUGCCAGAUGUCGAAAAGGACCAUGCCGGCAGCGGCUCCGUCAAUGGCGGAUACGACCUUCACCACGAUCAUCACGACCCCGAUACGGCUCUGAAAAGACUGCGAACAGCUGGCAGCAUUUCCAUCACUCCAGAGCUCUUCGAGAAGAUCUACCUGUCGCCCAAAAAUCGAGUCUCGAAUAAUAUUCGAUCGACUUUCGGCAACCCUACGCCACUGGCACUCUGUGGCUUCUUACUCUCCUUGACCCCUCUUUCAAAUAUUCUCUUGGGAUGGCGAGGCGCUGGCGGACUCGGCGCUGCUGAGGUCGGUGUCUACUACUUUUUCGGCGGUCUCCUCAUGGUAUUGGGCAGCCUUCUCGAAUUCAUCCUAGGCAACACCUUUCCAUUCGUCGUGUUUGGCUCAUUCGGUGCCUUCUGGCUGUCUUUCGGGGCUACUUUGACACCAUAUUUCAACGCCUCCAUCGCCUACGACCCAACACACCCCGCGCAGUCCUCCACGAACCCUACCUUUGCCUCUACCUUCGCCUACUUCCAUGUCUACAUGGGUGUUUUGUGCUUCGUGUACAUGGUUUGUGCGAUUCGGACCAACAUCGUCUUCGUGCUCAUCUUCGCCACACUCGUGGCCGCGUUCGGGUGCCUCGCCGCAUUUUUCUUCCAGAUCGGCGCGGGCGUGGCGAACAUGGGCCUCCAACAUGCAGCGGGCGGUAUCACUUUCGUCACUUGUCUGCUGGGCUGGUACCUGUUCUUGGUACAAUUGCUUGCCUCCGUGGACUUCCCGCUCAACCUUCCAGUCGGAGACUUGAGUCGAUUCAUCCCGGGCGCUAGCGACAGAGCGAAGACGGAAUGAGCGCUGUCUCGGUCCGUGGGGAUGUACAGCUACGAACCGAGGUAGUAGGACUGCUGGGGGAUGGUGUGAGACGACAGCGAGAGAUGAGAUGGGCUCUGCGGAAACGAGGUUGGUUUGAGAUGAGCGAUACAGGAAGAAAAAGAAAACGUCCGUGACGUGCAGGAAGGACAGUGUAAUGCCCCUGCAUUUGCAAGCACGGUGUGGUGAUGGUGAUCAGAAAGCAAUUGGGCGGACAGUACAGCAACUGCGUUGGAUAAUCCUGCUUGGUUCGAGCUACUCAGCUUGUUGGCGGCAAUAGCGCCCGCACAGAAAUGUAUGCCUUUUAAUCAGACGCCAUGUCACGUUGA